CGUUCCCCAGACUCGCGCCCUCGGCCCCGCCUUUGUUGCCUAGGCGACGAAGGGCCGCGGCCCCGGGGCGAGAUCCUGAGGAUGUCCGUGGGGACCACUCCCGGGGGAACGACACCCGCGGCGACGACCCCGGCGGGAACCACACCCGAUUCGGAGAGAGAUGCUGAAUUCCAGGAGCAUGAAAAGAUUCUGUCUCCAGAUUUUCUUUCAGUUGCUCAAAUCACUGAAAUGCUAGCAGAGGACGUAGAUGGAAUUCAACAAAAACUGAAAAAGUUUUUGAAUUUCAAAAACCUUCACACCUGUUUAAAGGAAGCCAUUCUACUGGAUUAUUAUGUAUCUGGAUUUUUGUGGGCUAGAGGAAUGGAAUUUUCUGUUAUUCAAUAUUCAAAAUUUAUGACUUUACUAGAUAUGUUACUUCAUAAUCUUAGAACACUGCAUAUGUCCUUGAAAGACAGCAUAAAAUGGCUUGGAGAAGUUAUGGCUGAAAUAGGACCAUCCCAUUCACAGAAAAAUGAGGAAUGGAAUGUCUUUAAUAUAAAACAAGCCAAUGCUGUCAUCGAUUACUUAAAAAUCAGCUUAUUUCAACACUACAAGCUAUAUGAGUUUCUAUUCUACUCUACCAGGGAAGAAAUUGUGAUAGGAACUGAGCAAGUGUUAGAGGUUGUCAAGGCUUCACGUGGUCUCUUUCCGGAUCCUCUAGAAGAAGGAAUCUCAUUUGAUAUUUAUUCAACAUUCAUAGAGCCACCUCCAACAUUGGAUACAGAAAUGAAGGGAUUGGAUCAAGAACAAGGCCCUGAGGAAUCCCAGUCAGAAGCCAACACUUCCAACGUGGAUCCUUUAGUGGGUUUCACCAUCAAAGAUAUAAAAGCAGUUCUGGAUCAAGUCACAGAUGAUAUUUUAAUUGGCAUUCAGGAUCCCUCCUUUUUUCAUGGAAGUACCAGCAGUGGAGAUUGGCUUAUCUUUCCUCUUGGUUUGAGUCACCAAAGAGUUUUGUGUUAUUUUACUUAAUUUUUACCUUCAAAGAAUGUUCAGUGCAGAUGUCUCCAACGGUCAUUUGAUGUUUGUUUGUUCUUUUGAAUAUAUUCAGGGCACUUUCUAGCUAGGACAAAGGAAAUAAGACAGAUAAGGUCCUUGACUUGCUGGAGUUCAUGGAAUUGAUGAAGUUUAUAAUCUAGAAGCAGAUAAUAAACAAGGGAAGAAAUAAGAGGAUCUUAGAUAACAAUAAAUCAUGCUAAUAAUUAAUACAAAGCCCUGGGAUAGAAGGUUCCGGGGUGUGGGAGAGCUACUUUUACCUGCGGUGCUCUGAGAACUCUGCUUGGAAGGGGUGGCUUUCGAGCUGAGACCAGGGUAGGAGAAACCAGCCAUGGACCACACCAGGGAACAUCUGUUCCAGGCAGUGAGGGUAGCAAGUAAAGUGACUUGCCAAGUAGAACCUCUGAUCACACAAAGCAGCUCUCAGGGAAGACAGGUGUACCCACGUCUCACUUCUGGGAAGUACCUGGCUGCUCUGCGACCUCAGACCCUCGUAUUCCGAAUCUAGUACCUUUUCCACUCUGUCACAUUGCCAUGGUCGUAUUGCCUUAUCUAAAAAAUAUAUACGUAAUUACAACCACAAAAUACUUAUUGGGAUAGCCCAAAACCCAAAUAAGCCCAUCUACUUAAAAGAAAUCUUGGUCCAAAUCUCUCUUGCAAAAGAAUUUCAAACAAAUUAUGUAGAUACUCUACUCCAAAAGACGAGGAGCAUAACUGCCAUCAUUAUGUGUGGGCUGUGCAUAGUGACUUUUUUCUAAGAAUACAGUAUGUAGAGAGCACCUUACAGUUAAGAGACCUGACAAAUGCUACUUCCUCCAUAUAAUCAAUAUCAACAUCAAUAGUCAAAAAUCAUGUCGAUGGCAUAUACACUUGAUAUGAGUUGAUGAAAAUAGUACUUUCCUCCCCAAAACCCAUAACCCUAGACUAAUCAUGAGAAAAACAUCAGGCAAAUUCCAGUAGAAGAGCCUACAACAUACCGGAUCAGUAGUACUAAAAACUGUCAAGGUCAGGGGUGACUGCUCAGUCAGUUAAGCGUCUGCCUUCGGCUCAGGUCAUGAUCC